AUGUCUCCCUUACCGGAGGAGUUUGAUAUCAUUGUGUGCGGAGGAGGAAGUUGUGGAUGUGUGGUUGCUGGCAGGUUGGCCAACCUUGACCAUAACCUCAAGGUGCUUCUCAUUGAGGCUGGUGAGAGCAAUCUCAACAAUCCUUGGGUGUUCCGACCCGGUAUCUUUCCCCGGAACAUGAAGCUGGACUCAAAGACUGCAACAUUCUAUGAGUCUAAGCCAUCGAAGUGGCUCGGUGGCAGAGGUGCUAUUGUGCCCGCAGCUCAUAUUCUCGGUGGAGGAUCUUCCAUCAACUUCAUGAUGUACACCCGAGCUUCCGCGUCCGACUAUGACGACUUCCAAGCCAAGGGAUGGACAACCAAGGAAUUGCUUCCUCUCAUGAAGAAGCAUGAGACGUACCAGCGUGCAUCUCACAACCGGGAUAUUCACGGCUUUGAAGGCCCAAUCAAGGUCUCUUUUGGGAACUAUGCGUAUCCCAUCAAGGAUGACUUCCUCAGGGCGGCUGCAUCUCAAGGCAUUCCCGUAGUGGACGACCUACAAGAUCUGAAAACUGCACACGGUGCUGAGCAGUGGUUGAAGUGGAUUAAUCGUGAUACUGGCCGCCGGAGUGACAGUGCCCAUGCCUAUAUCCACGCCACUCGAGCCGUUCACUCGAACUUGUACUUGGCUUGCAAUACCAAGGUCGAUAAGGUGAUCAUUGAGAACGGCCGAGCAGUUGGUGUACAGACUGUUCCAACGAAGCCUAUGGGCGACGUAAGUAACGCUGAGAAGCUCCGAAAGGCUGGAGUUAAGCCCAUCGUUGAUCUUCCUGGCGUGGGUUUGAACUUCCAGGAUCAUUAUUUGACCUUCAGCGUGUACCGAGCAAAGCCCGGCACGGAAACCUUUGAUGACUUUGCCCGUGGAGACCCUGAGGUGCAAAAGCGCGUCUUCGACGAGUGGAACAUCAAGGGCACUGGGCCGCUCGCAACAAACGGUAUCGAGGCCGGCGUGAAGAUUCGACCAACUGAGAAAGAACUGAGGGAGUUUGAGAGGUGGCCGACUCCUCAUUUUAAGUCAGGCUGGGAGACGUACUUCAAGAACAAGCCGGAUAAGCCCGUGAUGCACUACUCGAUAAUUUCCGGCUGGUUCGGUGACCAUAUGCUCAUGCCACCUGGGAACUUCUUCACCAUGUUCCACUUCCUGGAAUAUCCCUUCUCGCGCGGUUCGACACACAUCAGGUCGGCAGACCCGUACGAAGUACCGGACUUUGAUGCUGGAUUCAUGAACGAUGAGCGCGACAUGGUGCCGAUGGUGUGGGGCUAUAUCAAGUCGCGCGAAACAGCUCGAAGAAUGGAUGCCUAUGCUGGUGAGGUUCAAAAUAUGCAUCCGGUCUUCGACUUUGACUCUCCAUCACGAGCGUAUGACCUCGAUCUGGAGGACACUAACAAGUACGCACUGCCUGGCAACAUCACGGCCGGAAUCCAGCACGGCAGCUGGACAGUCCCAGUACCAGCGGCGGAUGAGAAGCCUAACCCCCUGCAUGUGACGAGCAACCGCAAGGCCAAGAGAAAAGAACUGAAGUACUCUGACAAGGACAUCAAAGCGGUUGAGGACUGGGUCAAGCGUCAUGUUGAGACGACAUGGCAUUGCUUGGGCACGUGCUCCAUGGCUCCUCGGGAAGGCAACAGCAUCGUCAAGCACGGCGUCUUGGACGAGCGUCUCAACGUUCACGGCGUGAAGGGCUUGAAGGUGGCGGACCUGAGUAUCUGCCCCGACAAUGUCGGCUGCAACACUUACUCUACCGCUCUGCUCAUCGGCGAGAAGGCAGCCGUCCUGGUUGCCGAAGACUUGGGAUACUCGGGUGAAGCACUCCAGAUGAAGGUUCCCGAUUAUCAUGCGCCCGGUGAGAACAGGCUUACCUCGAGACUUUGA